AUGGCGGACGGCUCUUUGAAGCAUAUGCAUCUGACUCUCGAAGAUUGUAAAAUACUUCCUCCACCAUCCUUCAAAGGAUUUGAAAUGUUAAUUAGCAUGAAACUGUGUUGUGUUGAAGUUUCGCCCGAGUUGCUUGGAAGGUUAAUCUCCGGAUGUCCGUUGCUCGAGCAAUUAGCGCUGCAAAUGUUAGAUUUUUCAAGCGGCAUCAUUGAAAUUAAUGCUCCCAAACUGAAAUCCUUCGACUUCACUGGCAAUAUAAAUGCUAUCUGCUUAAAAAACAUCCCUCUUCUUGCAAAAUUUUCACUUGCCUUUAGGGGAUGGCAUGGAUCGGAUGCACAAUGUCAUGGUAUUGCUAAGUUUUUUAAUUCUUUUUCUGUUCUCAAACAUCUCCACUUGGAUAACCAUAGCGUCAGGGUCUUGGCUGCUGCAGGUGAACUACAGACUGGGCUUCUCUUUCGUUUUGACUCUGUGAAAUGUCUCUACCUCUCUGGUCUUUAUCUGAGUGAACUAUAUAAUGUCUCGUGUGUUUUCCGCUUCAUGAGAACCUUCCCAUAUUUACAAUAUUUGGAAAUCAAGGUGGAUAAUAGUGCUGUACUUGGUGCUCUAAACUUCUUCUUGUGA